AUGUCCGACGGUACGUUUUCGCAAGCUCUCCGGCAGGACCUGGAACUAACCACCACUGCAGCUGAUCUCGAGGCCGUUCGCCGGCUCCAAGCUGAGCGCAAUGCUGCUGCCGCUAGCAAUAAAGGUUCAAGGACCUUUGACCCAUCUGGUCAACGUACUGAUAACUCGACGAAGGCCUCCCUGACGGACUCCUUCGACACGACUCUCUAUGAUCGGGGUGGUGCUGACAAGUACUCGGGCUACAACACCUCCAUUGCGGUCGACGGAGACGACGAGGAAAUGGAGGAUGCGAAUGGAGGACACAACCUGGUCGGUCAAUACACAGCCACCCGAAGCCAGAUCGAUGAAAUGGCUCGGGGGAACGGCGUCGAGGAGGAGGAUAUCCUUCUUGGUCGCGAGAAGGCAGCUCGAAUUGCCGAUCGCGAGACGGACUACCAGAAACGCCGCUUUAACCGUGGAGCCCUUACUCCUACACGCGCCGAUCCUUUUGCCGCCAAUGGCCAAGGGAAUGCCGAGGGAGAAGGCGAGACGUACCGUGAGGUUAUGGCCAAGCGCGAGCUCGAGAAGGAGGAAGAACGCGUUCACAAGCUGAUCCAAGAGAAGCGAGAAGCUGGCGAAGAUGUGACCGAGCACGAGGCUACACUGAAGAGAGUGGAGGACAACAAGGAACAUGCUGAGGCGGAUUCAGCCCGCGACGAAGGUCCCCCCAAGAAGCGAAAGAAGAGAUGGGAUGUGGCGGAAACUCCCGCUGAAUCACAAGGCGAGGAUUCCACUACCGCGAAACCUAAGAGAUCCCGUUGGGAUUCAGCGCCGGGCCCCGAGGCCUCUGAUGAAGCUCCCAAGAAAUCUCGGUGGGAUUUGGCACCAUCGCUUACGGCUGCUACUCCGGUUGGCAACCAAGGACUCGCGACCCCGAUGCAUCCUUCACAGGCAGUCCCUGCAGCGGUCGGCCCGUCUGGUCCAAUGGUCGGAUGGUCUGACGAAGAGCUUGACUUCAUGCUUCCUGGCGAGGCUGAGGGCUAUAAGAUUCUUGACCCCCCUCCCGGAUAUGAGCCUAUUCGGACUCAGGCUCGCAAGCUCAUGGCCACGCCGGCGCCAAUGGCGGCUGGAGGCGUUGGAGGAUUCAUGAUGCAAGAACCAGAGAGCGCCAAGUCCAUGGGCAAGGAGCUCCCAACUGAUAUCCCCGGUGUUGGUGAUCUUCAAUUCUUCAAGCCGGAAGAUAUGGCUUACUUCGGUAAGCUCAUGGAGGGUGGCGACGAAACCAGCAUGACCGUGGAGGAAAUGAAAGAGCGGAAAAUCAUGCGAUUACUGCUCAAGGUCAAGAACGGUACACCACCAAUGCGAAAGACUGCUCUGCGACAACUUACAGACAAUGCUCGCAACUUCGGUGCCGGAGCCCUUUUCAACCAAAUUCUGCCCUUGCUUAUGGAGAAGUCCCUCGAGGACCAGGAACGCCAUUUGCUGGUCAAGGUCAUUGAUCGUGUUCUGUACAAGCUUGAUGAUCUGGUUCGCCCGUAUGUCCACAAGAUCUUGGUUGUCAUUGAGCCGUUGCUCAUUGAUCAAGACUAUUAUGCUCGUGUUGAGGGACGAGAGAUCAUCUCCAACCUCUCGAAGGCUGCCGGUCUUGCGACCAUGAUUAGUACUAUGCGUCCUGAUAUUGAUCAUGUUGAUGAAUAUGUGCGAAACACAACAGCACGAGCUUUCGCUGUUGUGGCCUCUGCUCUCGGAAUUCCAGCCCUCCUUCCUUUCCUCCGAGCUGUCUGCCGCAGCAAGAAAUCAUGGCAAGCCCGUCACACCGGUGUCAAGAUCAUCCAGCAGAUUCCCAUUCUCAUGGGUUGUGCCAUUCUCCCUCACCUCAAGGGACUGGUGGAAUGUAUCUCUGACAAUCUAGGUGAUGAACAAGCCAAGGUUCGAACUGUCACUGCUCUCUCAGUCGCUGCUCUGGCCGAAGCUGCGAACCCCUACGGUAUUGAAAGCUUCGAUAAUAUUCUGAACCCACUCUGGACUGGUGCCCGCAAGCAGCGCGGCAAGGGUCUCGCUGCUUUCUUGAAGGCCGUCGGUUACAUUAUCCCAUUGAUGGACGAGGAAUAUUCGAACUACUAUACUGCACAGAUUAUGGAAAUCCUCCUUCGUGAGUUCUCCUCGCCAGACGAGGAAAUGAAGAAGGUGGUCCUGAAGGUGGUGUCUCAGUGCGCAAGCACGGACGGUGUCACUGCCAGUUAUCUCAAGGAGCACGUCUUGGCAGAGUUCUUCAAGAGCUUCUGGGUGCGGCGCAUGGCACUCGACCGACGAAACUAUCGCCAGGUAGUUGAUACCACCGUCGACCUGGGCCAGAAGGUUGGUGUCGGUGAGAUCCUCGAGCGCACCGUCAACAACUUGAAAGACGAGAGCGAACCAUACCGCAAGAUGACGGUGGAAACUAUCGAAAAGCUCAUUGCGUCACUUGGAGCCGCCGAUAUCUCCGAGCGACUGGAAGAGCGCCUCAUCGACGGCGUCCUGUUCGCCUUCCAGGAACAAAGCAUUGAAGACAUUGUUAUUCUGAACGGAUUCGGCACUGUCGUCAACGCACUUGGCUCACGCUGCAAGCCUUACCUCCCACAGAUUGUCAGUACCAUUCUCUGGCGUCUGAACAACAAGUCUGCUACAGUCCGACAACAAGCCGCCGAUCUUAUCUCUCGAAUUGCGAUGGUCAUGAAGCAGUGCGGCGAGGACGCACUCAUGGGCAAGCUCGGUGUUGUUCUCUACGAAUACCUCGGUGAAGAAUAUCCCGAGGUUCUGGGUUCUAUUCUGGGUGCUCUCCGCUCUAUUGUCACAGUCGUCGGUAUUACCCAGAUGCAGCCACCCAUUCGUGACCUCCUUCCCCGUCUCACCCCCAUUCUCCGUAACCGUCACGAAAAGGUGCAGGAAAACACAAUCGAUCUGGUUGGUCGAAUUGCCGAUCGCGGACCCGAGUCUGUGAACGCCCGUGAAUGGAUGCGUAUUUGCUUCGAGUUGCUUGAUAUGCUCAAGGCUCACAAGAAGGGUAUCCGCCGAGCAGCCAACAACACCUUCGGUUUCAUUGCCAAGGCCAUUGGUCCUCAAGAUGUCCUUGCCACACUCCUCAACAACUUGCGAGUGCAAGAGCGUCAAUCUCGUGUCUGCACAGCCGUUGCCAUCGGUAUAGUGGCUGAAACCUGUGCUCCUUUCACCGUUCUCCCCGCAUUGAUGAACGAGUACCGGGUGCCUGAGCUCAACGUGCAGAAUGGUGUGCUUAAGGCUCUGUCUUUCCUGUUCGAAUACAUCGGUGAGAUGGCCAAGGACUAUGUCUACGCCGUCACACCCUUGCUGGAGGAUGCCCUCAUCGACCGCGACCAAGUCCACCGACAAACCGCCGCCAGCGUGGUCAAGCACGUUGCACUAGGUGUUGUCGGUCUCGGUUGCGAGGAUGCCAUGCUCCAUCUGCUGAACCUCGUCUUCCCCAACAUCUUCGAAACCAGUCCCCACGUCAUCGACCGCAUCAUCGAGGCCAUCGAAGCCAUCCGCAUGGCCGUUGGCACAGGUACCGUCAUGAACUAUAUCUGGGCCGGUCUCUUCCACCCUGCUCGCAAGGUGCGCACUCCCUACUGGCGUCUUUACAACGAUGCGUAUGUCCAGGGUGCCGAUGCCAUGGUCCCUUACUACCCCGACCUGGAGGGCGAUAUGGACCGACCGGAAUUGUCCAUCAUGAUCUAA